AUGCCGACACGUCCGAGCAGUCCGAACCCAGCGCCGCCGCCGGUCGAGCCGAUUCCCCGCCAGGCAGAUGCUGGUGGUGAUGAUUGCCUGAGGCAGCAACCCCAAUCCCAUCACCCACGACGCCGGAAACUGGACUCCACCAGCCGAUCACGCCUGCUCGAGCUUCCCGCCGAACUGCGCCAGCUGAUCUUGACCGAAGCACUGCAUGAUCCUGCCGGGGUGCGUGUCACCGAGGACCGCGUCUCGUCGAGCCAGUUGCCGACGCUGGCCGCGCUGGUGCUGGUGUCACGGCACGUGCACGACGAGGCCCUCGCCGUCUUCGCCUCCUGCAACCACUUCCGCGUCGACAAUGCCGACGGCCUGCUCUUCCUGUUCCAGUUCGUCGGCGCCGAGGGCCGCCCGCAGCUGCGCCAUGCCGACAUCGCCUUCGCGCGGCCCACGGGCUGCGGCUUCGUCGAGAGCCCCGCGGCGCUGGCGAAGGCGCUGGCGAUGCUCGAAGAGGAGGCCUGCUCGCCGCGGUUAAAACUGACGGUCGAGCUGUCGCUGCGCGCGGUGCAGGCGCCGUGGAACCACCCGCACGAGCGCGAGAACGAGCAUUGCCACCACUACCCGGAGUCGGCGAAGAACAAGGCCGGCAAGAACUUCUGGAUCCACCCGGCCAGCGUGCGCGACACGCCGCACGCGGACGAGUUGAAGCGCCUCGUGGCGCGCGCCGUGGCGGUGCGCUGGUCCGGCAGCCCGCAGUACUCGUGGUCCAGCGCCGCCGACGACUCGCUGGACUUUGUGCGGAAGUCGGAGGAGUGGCUGCGGUCCGCCGACGACCCGGGCUUCGAGUACGUCUGCUCGUGGGAGGUGCUGCCGCCGGCGCCGCUGAGCUCGGCUAAGUGGAAGGAUGACGAUGGCGUGGUACGGCCGGUUGCGGAAUCAUGA